AUUGUUUACAAAUCAACCCGAGCCGCCGGCGUUCCGGCUCCCGCGGCUCUCAGGCGCACGGUGCCACUGCCCGGUGGUCCCGGCUUCCGCGUCCCAGGCUCGGCCCCCGCCCGGCCCGGCCCGGGUUUCCGCCCCGCUCCCGCCCCAGCCGCGGCCCACCGAGCCCGCGGCCAACCGAGCAACCAGCGACGCCCGCACAGCCGCGGGGGCCCGGGCGGGGGGCCAUGCCGUGCCGGAGGGAGGAGGAGGAGGAAGCCGGCGACGAGGCUGAGGGGGAGGAGGACGACGACAGCUUCCUCCUGCUGCAGCAGUCGGUGACUCUAGGCGGCUCGACCGACGUGGACCGGCUCAUCGCCCAGAUCGGCGAGACGCUGCAGCUGGACGCGGGGCACGACGGCCCGGCCUCGCGGUGUGCCGCCCCGGGGCCCCCGCCCGCGCCCCCGCGGGUCCUGGCGGCGCUGCCAGCGGACGAAGCCGAGGCCCCAGCGAGGCGGCUGCUGCGGCCGGCGGGUUCAGCGGAGGCCGGGGACCCUGCGCCCCCGGGAGCUGUGCGCUGCGUGCUGGGGGAGCGCGGGCGCGUGCGGGGCCGGACGGCGCCCUACUGCGUGGCGGAGAUCGCCCCGGGCGCCAGCGCGCUGCCCCAGCAGCCGGGCCUUGAGGGACCCCCGGGCACCGGCAAACUGAGCACCCCGCAGCCACUGUCCGGCCCGUGCCGGCGAGGUUGGCUCCGGAACGCAGCCGCGUCCCGCCGCCUGCAACAGCGACGCGGAUCUCAGCCGGAGACCCGCACUGGCGACGACGACCCGCACCGGCUCCUGCAGCAGCUCGUGCUCUCGGGAAACCUCAUCAAGGAAGCGGUGCGGAGACUUCAUUCGCGACGGCUGCAGCUACACGCAAAGCUUCCCGCACACCAGUUCCUCGGGCCUCUGUCAGCUCCGGUGCAUGAGCCGCCUUCGCCCGGGAGCCCUCGUGCGGCUUGCAGCGACCCUGGCGCUUGCAUGAGGAGGGCGCAGCUCAGAACUGGGGACGACCUUCUUGUCCCUGGCAGCUAACAACCUAAGUGGCCACAGCACCAGCUUGUAGCCGGGGACCAAGGGCUUCACCCAGCCGGAGCUGGUGGAGGAAUCGAGCAUUUGGAAACGGGAAAAUAAGCUAAGGAAGACAUCCAAAAUAUCGCAAAUAUUUUCAUGGGUAACUGAAAUUGAGAGCCCCAAACCUUUUGAAACCCAGGACUUAGGUUUGUUUAAAGCAGAUUCUAUAGAGCGCACCGCAGGCUGUCAACAGGACUCCUUUUUUGGCACGAUCCAACCUGGUCGCUGCAGUUCUGCGCAGACUCUCCUGGCCAAGCGGACAACCACGUGGCCAUGGUGCAUGCUCUCAGGAUCGGCUCAACCAGCUAUGGAGCGAAGGACGAUGCUCCCGUUACUUGCUGUACUUUUCAGGGCUGGUUCCUGAUCCACUUUGGGGGAGGGGACUUAAUUUCGGGGAGCGCCCCCAAAAUGCCACACUUGAACAUUUAACGACAGUUAAAAAAGACCAUCUCAUCUUUUGCGGUGCUGGUUUCAGUGUAAAACAUGCGGUACCACGAGAGGACCCUCUUGGGGCUGAAUAGAAGUAGCCGGUUUUUUGUUUGUUUGUUUGUCUAUCCCCUUUUUUUUCAACGGGUUGCUAUUAGCACAGUGUUAGGGAAAGCUGCCCCCCCCAGCUGUGUAGGGUGGAGACAGCAGUGAGCUGUGUUGGGUGAUGGAAGGGUAUAGGGAAGCAUGGAGUGACCCCUCCUGCCUUCAUAAAGUGUGUUUUUAAAGGAGACCCAUCCCUUUUGGGGUUCAAGGUCACUGUUUCCUGGAUGUGCACCUUGUAGUCGGGCUCCAGCACAGAUUUACUGAAUUACCUUGCUAGGAGGAGAGCACACUGUUUUGCAACUGCAGGAGCUCUCUAAGGACUCCCCCACCCCACCCCCCACCCCCCCACACACCUCCAGAGGGGGUGGGGAUAGCGGGUACUGGCCUUCUGCUGUGCUUCCUGCCCAAGGCCACCGCCCCUACCCUUCCCUGCUUGCCUUGAGACAGUGGCCUAGUACCACCUUUCCCCCUUGGUUCUGCUGCCCUACUCAAGCGAGGUGGUGGUGCUGACGAUGCUAGAGGCCAGGUUAGGGGACUGGGGAAGUUCCACAUAAUGGGCACUCCAGGGACACAGCUUGGGACACAGUCUCACACAGCCGCUUCUAAUGGGCUCUCGGGGGCCAUUUGUAAUAACAGCUGCAGUUCCCUGGAUAGACUGAGUUGAUUUCCUCCUUCUGACCCUCCUCCCCCAGCUGUGCCUGCCUGCUCGAUCGCUUUUGUAAGUGAAGGAAACCUAGUAGAAAAUGUGUGACCCUCCAAAUGGGGAAGCUGAUGGCUUUUUUGCUAUUGUGACUGUGAAGUGCUUGGAAAUACUGUUCACUCUGAGCGGACCGUUGGGUUUUAGUUUUAUGGAGUCAAUGGCUUGUUCAGCAUCCAGAUGUGGCUAUUGACAUAUCUACACUUCGCACCGGAGUGACUGGAAUUGUGGCUGUCCUGAUUAUAGGAUUUUAAUUUAACUAAAAUAACUGUUUUUGAAUAAAUGUGUUGGGUUUUUCCCUCC